UACCAUAAUCAAUAUCCAGACUUCAGCUUGACAAGAACUAAAAAUAACAGCCUUCGGUCCGUGUUUUUUUCAAAUUAGAUGAUAAAAUCAAUGAUUGCAUCAUUUUUGUUUUGAUAAAAUAAGUGCUCCACUGAACUCUGCAGUAAAAUGGGAAAAAAAUGGAUGACUUCACGUUCGGCUCACACAGACUAGUUCAUCUGGACCUGAAGGGCGCCCCACCUCGAGUGGCAUAUUUUGAGAAGUUAUUUCCUUAUUUGAGGACAUGGGGUGCCACGGGUUUGUUGUUAGAGUGGGAGGACACGUUUCCGUACAAUCGAGAGCUGUCUCGCAUUGGAAGCAAUGGACCCACCAGCCUAGGAAGUGGCUACACAGCACAAGAAGCUUUACAAAUACUACAAAUUGCUGGAGAUUGUGGACUAGCGGUUGUUCCCUUGGUUCAAACCUUUGGUCAUUUAGAAUUUGUUUUGAAACACGACGAGUGGAGGUCUCUCCGAGAGGUAGAAAAUUUCCCCAGCUCGAUCUGUCCAUCGAACCCAGCCACUCUUCCCCUGGUGAAAUCCCUCGUACGACAAAUCGUGUCGUUCCACCCAGACAUUCAGUAUCUCCACAUCGGAGCGGACGAGAUCUGGCACCUCGGGCUCUGCUCCGUCUGCUCAAAACGCGCCAGUUUGAGUAAAUACGGCAAGUCUACUGUUUACCUGGAGCAUGUACUCGCUAUCGCACAGUACAUCAAGGAGAUGUAUCCUUGCUUGAAAAUCAUCAUUUGGGAUGACAUGCUGAGGAGCACAGAUUUGCAGGUUUUAAAUGAGUAUUACGUUGGAAAAUACGUGGAGCCAAUGAUAUGGCACUAUAAUUCCAGAGAAACAUUCUCCCUUCCUCAAGAUUUAUGGACGAAAUACAGCGCAGUAUUCCCCAAUAUUUGGGCAGCAACCGCAUUCAAAGGAGCGACAGGGUCAACCCGACAAAUACCCAUAAUAAGCCAUCACAUUAGUAACCACGAGAGGUGGUUAGAAGAGCUUGGCAUUCAUGGUAAUAAAAUCAAUGAAUUCCGAGGGACUGCAUUCACUGGCUGGUCCAGAUACGAUCAUUAUGCCACCUUGUGCGAGCUUCUACCUACAGCAAUACCCUCACUGGCAUUGUGCUUGAGGGUAUGGCUGCAUGGGUAUUCGGAACAUACGCACAUGCAGGUAGCCAAGAGUCUCGGGUAUGUUGACCACCCGCUGCAUAUUAAUCCGCAAUUACGGCCUGCACCAAUAGCCAGUAAUCUCUCUUAUCCUGGCUGGCAGUUGACUGGAGGGAUCGAAUGGUUUUUAAACUUCAAGACCAAGUACGAUGGAAUGGUCAAUAGUGAGCAAAUUUUAACGUGGAUGAACCCAUGGCAGGUGGCUAACAGUUAUACAAAUCCAAUGCAACUAGAAAGUCUCCUUCCAGCAUUUUCAGAUUUACUCCUCGAGUUGACUUCCCUAGAAUCCUACCUGAAAGUUCAAAUGGAAGCUAUCUUUUUCCCCCCGGCGAUAGAUGAGUGGACCAGCACACAUCUUCAACCGAUGAAAAAUAAACUCAUUGAGUUGAAACAAACAGCUGAUAAUCAAAUUAAAAUCAAUAGUCGUGGAUAGAUGCCUCUACCUUGAAUAUUUUAUAAUGUAAAAUUGAAAACUGAGUCUGGAUUGACUAGUAAAAUUUUACAAUAUAAAUUUUUGAACUGAUCUCUUUAGAGUAAACUCUCAUGAUUAGAUGUAAAUAACAGAAAAAAAUGCCUAUUUAUUGAAAAAAUCCAAGCCUGGGCCAUCAUUUUUUUAGACACUUUAUGCUAAUCGCUGAGGUCAGGAAAAAAUAUGAUAUAGUUUUGUAAUUAAAUAAUGUUUCAUUUCUAAUUGUUCCAUUAUGAAUAGAGAAUAAUAAAAACCUUAUUAUGCUGA